GCGAGCAUAAGCGUCGAAGCGAGCGACGAUGGGUUUCACGACAGGAAGGAGGCGUACGAGGAGGACCCUUCGGACGAUCCUCUGGUCGUCGAGACGACGAGCGGCCUAAUGCGCGGCUUUUCGCGCACGAUUUUCGAUCGCGAGGUGCACGGCUAUUACGGCGUGCCGUUCGCCAAAGCACCGGUCGGUCCGUUGCGCUUUCGCAAGCCCGAGCCCAUCGAGCCUUGGCACGGUGUACUUAACGCCACUCGGAUGCCCAACAGCUGCAUACAGGAGCGCUACGAUUACUUCCCGGGAUUCGAGGGCGAGGAGAUGUGGAACCCGAACACUAACGUGAGCGAGGACUGCCUCUACAUGAACGUUUGGGUGCCAAAGAGACCGCGGCUCCGCCAUAAGGGCAGCCCCGAGUCGCCCGACCAUCACGGUGGUAUGCCCAUCCUCGUUUGGAUUUACGGGGGCGGCUACAUGACCGGGACCGCGACUCUCGACGUCUACGACGCUGCAAUUAUGGCCGCGCAGAGCGAUACCAUCGUCGCAGCCAUGCAGUACCGCGUGGGGGCGUUUGGUUUUCUUUAUCUGAGCCAGUACUUCGAGGACGAUGGCGAGGCACCGGGUAACAUGGGACUCUGGGAUCAGGCGAUGGCGCUACAGUGGCUCAAGGACAACGCCAAGGUCCUCGGGGGCGAUCCCAAUCGCAUAACGAUCUUCGGGGAAUCGGCGGGCGGGGGAUCGGUGUCGUUGCAUCUAAUGUCGCCGGUGACGAGGGGAUUGGUGAGACGCGGCAUCCUGCAGAGUGGCACGCUUAACGCGCCGUGGAGCUACAUGAGCGCGGAGAAGGCCAACGAGGUCGCCCAAAUCCUCGUGCAGGACUGCAAUUGUAACUCGAGUAUGUUGGAAGAGAACGCGACACGGGUGAUGGAAUGCAUGAAGUCUGUCGACGCAAAGACCAUUUCCGUGCAGCAAUGGAAUAGUUACAGUGGCAUCCUGGGCUUUCCCUCGGCCCCGACGAUCGACGGUGUGUUUCUGCCGAAGGACCCGCUGGAACUGCUGCGCGACUCGGACUUCGAUAAAACCGAGAUCGUCAUCGGCAACAAUGAAAACGAAGGAACAUAUUUCAUACUUUAUGACUUCAUUGACUAUUUCGAUAAAGAUAAUCCGAGCUCACUGGAUCGCACGAAGUUUCUCCAAAUUAUCAAUACAAUUUUUAAAAAUAUGUCGAGCAUUGAGAGAGAAGCCAUCGCCUUCCAGUAUACCGAUUGGGAGAAUACGAACGAUGAGUUUAUGUAUCAAAGAAUGAUAGCUGAUAUUGUCGGAGAUUAUUUCUUCAUCUGUCCAUCUAUAAAAUUUGCCCAACUAUUCUCGGAUCGUGGCAUGAAGGUUUACUAUUAUUUCUUCACGCAGAGGUCUAGCACUAAUUUAUGGGGCGACUGGAUGGGAGUGAUGCACGGAGACGAGAUUGAGUAUGUAUUCGGACAUCCCUUAAAUUCCACUCUCAAGUAUACAGAGAGAGAACGAGAACUUGCAGUCAAAAUGAUAUUGGCUUUCUCGAGUUUUGCGCGACAUGGAGUGCCGAUGUCGGAGAGCGAAUGGCCGCCCUAUACAACCGAGCAACCUCAUUAUAAAUUUUUCAACGCUGAUAAUAGUGGUGUUGGUAAAGGCCCACGUACGACCGCCUGUGCUUUUUGGAACGAGUUCCUGCCUCGAUUGACAGGAGUACCAGAUCCAUUACCAGAGGUUUGCAGCAGCACCGUAGCGUCGAGCAUCUCAUCAGGCGCCAAAGCUUUACAAAGUUCGAUACCAUUAGCUCAGGGCUCCCUUUUACUGCUGCUGCUGUUCCAUAUUUACCAACUAUUCUGCAGGUGUGGCUAG